AUGGAAUCGACUAGAACGUAUGGAGAAAUGUCGUGCAGGGGUCGUUUCGGCGUGGUACUGGUGUGCAUUCAUCUGCUGUUUGCCCCACAGGCAGUGCACGCGACGGAAAACAUUCGUCCGAACAUAGUUUUCAUUUUAGCUGAUGAUUUGGGCUGGAACGAUGUUGGGUUUCAUGGCUCUGCACAGAUCCCAACGCCCAAUUUGGACGCAUUGGCCUACUCGGGCAUCAUCCUCAAUCGCUACUACGUGAAUCCAAUCUGCACGCCAUCGCGUUCCGCGCUUAUGACGGGCAAGUAUCCCAUACACACCGGAAUGCAGCAUACGGUGCUUUACGGAAUGGAACCACGAGGACUUCCGCUAUCCGAGAAGCUGUUACCCCAGUACCUGAAGGAUCUUGGAUACUCCAACCAUAUAGUUGGCAAGUGGCAUCUGGGACACUAUCAGUUGCGCUACACACCGUUGCAGCGAGGAUUCGACAGUCACACUGGAUUUUGGACCGGACAUCAUCACAUGAACGAUCACACGGCAGUGGAGCACGGACAGUGGGGUCUCGAUAUGCGCCGUGAUUACGAUGUGGCCUACGAUCUGCACGGGCAGUACACGACGCACGUUAUCGGCACGGAAUCGAUCAAUAUAGUGCAGGGACACAACAAGAGUGAGCCACUCUUCCUGUACGUAGCGCAUGCGGCCGUUCAUUCGGCAAAUCCGUACGAUUUUCUACCAGCACCGGACGAAACGAUUGCAGAGUUGGGACACAUUGAAAACUAUCGUCGGCGUAAGUAUGCCGCCAUGAUGGUGGAAUUGGACCGAACCGUUGGCAGUCUCGUGGACGCACUGCAAGCGCGUGAUAUGCUGAAGAAUACGAUCAUUGUGUUUAGCAGCGAUAAUGGUGGCCCGGCGGAUGGAUUCAACGAUAAUGCCGCUUCAAAUUGGCCGUUACGCGGUGUGAAGAAUACGCUCUGGGAAGGUGGAGUACGUGGUGCAGGGUUUAUUUGGAGCCCACUGUUACGAAAUGUGAGUCGAGUAUCGCACCAGAUGGUGCAAGUGUGCGAUUGGCUUCCGACACUGUACGAAGCAGCAGGUGGCAAUGUCAGCACAUUACCAACCGACUUGGAUGGGAUCAGUGUGUGGCAUGAGCUGGAUACCGGUGCGCCAACAAGGCGUAUUGAGAUACUGCAUAACAUCGACGACGUUUGGGGCACCGCGGCCCUCACAGUAGGCAACUGGAAGCUUGUCAAAGGUUCACACUACAACCGCACCUGGGACGGUUGGUACGGUCCGGCAGGAAUUCGCGACGAAAAGUCUUACUCGUGGGACACGGUCGCGAACAGUUCGGCGGGUCGUGUAAUGGUGGAGUUAAACUUGCUUCCUACCCGCGAUCGCACCACACAGCUGCGCCGCGAAGGUACGGUUUCGUGUGGUGCCGGUGCUCACAUGGCAAACGAGUGUAACCCGUUGGAAAGUGCUUGCCUGUUCGAUGUGGAAAGUGAUCCGUGCGAGUACAAUAAUCUGGCCGACGAACAGCUGCACACACUGCAAAGCUUACUCGCAAGGCUGGCCGAUUACAACAGUACCGCUGUGCCGCCGUCCAACAUGGAGGAUGAUCCACGUGGUGCACCACAGCAUUGGAACUACACGUGGCAUAACUUUGGUGACGAACCGGAACCGGAAGUGAUAGUGCACGAGAACGAAGAAAUGUAA